AAGGAACUGUAAUUUGUUUCAUCAUAAUUUAUAAUGCCUUCGUUAUAACGUAAAUAAUCGUCUUGUACUUUAUAUUAUUUUUUAAAACAAAAAAUCAACAAUUAUCGCAGCGUUAUUAUUCUUUCUAUGUAAAUCGGUAUCGCAUACGCUGUUUAUGGUUGCAUUUAACUAAUUAAUAAACACAUAUUGCUUCAUAUUUACAUUGCUUUGAUAAUCAAUAUCUGAAACUAAAAUAUACACACGCUUUGAUUCUAUUCAAUCGUCUUUUGAAUGGAUAUCCUCGAGAAGCGGGAUAUAUUUCUUUCUUCCGAUGUAUCCAUGAUUAUUCCUUGCGAACUGCUUUCGCGGACAGAAUAAUAACACAUUGACAAAAGCAGCCGUGCACAGAAUACGAUCCUACAACAAUGCAUGUCGUUUUCAUUUGGACACUUAUUUAUAAACGAGGUGACAUGACAUGCGCCAUGGAAAAUAGGACAUAGCAAUGGCUUAAAGGAGAAGAAAAGAGCGUCGCUCGCAUAACUAUCUUUGGUUAUUCUGAUUCUCGGUGUAUUUUACUAUGAUACCCCUCGCGUACACAAAAGUUAAUAUCCGCUGUACCAAUGUAACAUUUUUAAUUAUUCACGACACGUAUAAAUUACACGAAUUCAAAUGCGUCUAAUAUUGCAAUUCAAAUGUCAUCAAAGCAACAGAGAAUCCGUUCUCGAUUCAAGGUGAUAACUCCGUUUCGAUCACUGGUUCUCUGUGGCAAAAGUAGACAAGAAAUGGAAGAUUGGUUGAACGUACUAAGAACAGUAACAGAGAAUCGUGCCCAGGCAGAUUCUGGAAUCGCAGAAAUGCUUAGUGGUAAUCACCAGUGGUACGCAACAAGUCAUGCAAGACCAACAUAUUGUAAUGUUUGCAGAGAUACUCUUUAUGGUGUUACUUCCCAUGGAUUAAGUUGUGAAAUAUGUAAAUAUAAAGUUCAUAAACAAUGUAGUAUAAAAGCAAUAAAUAAUUGCAAAUGGACUACAUUGGCAUCUAUUGGCAAGGACAUUAUUGAGGACCAAGAUGGGAACAUUACUAUGCCACAUCAGUGGAUGGAAGGCAAUUUACCAGUAUCCUCAAAAUGUUCUGUAUGUGAGAAAACUUGUGGCUCCGUGCUCAGACUUCAAGAUUGGAGAUGUUUAUGGUGUAGAGCUACAGUACAUACAGCAUGCAGACCUGCCAUAAGUGUUAAAUGUCCAUUAGGACCAGCUAAAUUGAGCGUAGUUCCUCCUACAGCAUUGCAUAGUAUAGGUAGCGAUGAAGCUUGGGAAGCUAUUAGACCUACUGGAUGCAGCCCACUUUUAGUAUUUGUAAAUAGUAAAUCUGGUGACAAUCAAGGCGUUAAAUUUCUUAGAAGAUUUAAACAAUUAUUAAAUCCUGCACAAGUAUUUGAUCUAAUAAAAGGAGGACCAGGACCAGGGUUGAGAUUAUUUCGUCAUUUUGAUCCAUUUCGAAUAUUGGUGUGCAGUGGCGAUGGAUCUGUUGGCUGGGUUCUUUCUGAGAUAGAUCGUUUAGGAAUGCAUAAGCAGUGCCAAGUUGGAGUUUUACCUUUGGGAACAGGAAAUGAUCUGGCACGUGUAUUGGGUUGGGGGUCUUCUUGUGAUGAUGAUACUCAUUUACCCCAGUUAUUAGAAAAGUAUGAGAAAGCAGGCACAAAAAUGCUCGAUCGAUGGAGUAUUAUGACUUUUGAGCGUAGCAUAUCUUUGCCAUGUCAUAAAACUGCUUUAAGUCGAUCUGAUACAUCUUUAAAGUCCAGUAUCGCCCAUCAAUAUGAGAACAGUGUUAUUACUCAUGUAACAAACAUUUUACAGUCAGACCAGGACGAUGUAGAUUUAUCUAGUAUUCAAAUUUUGUGUGACACAGUAAAAGAUUUUGCGUCACAUAUAGUAGAAAAUAUAAAUUUAAAGGACCAACAGGUGGAAGAUAAGUGUAAGAUACUUCAGCAGAAGCUUGAUUUGUUUUUACAAACAUUAUGCAAAGAAGGAGGAUAUUUGAAUGAAUAUACUGAGGAGAUAGAUAAUAAUACCCUAAAUGCUGAUGCAUCUUUACCGCUUGAAAACUAUGAAAAAGGUGUGCUAGAGAAACCAGAAAAAGACAUAACGAAUUUAAAAAAGGUUUUAAGAGGAAGACGUUUCAUAGAGAAAGAAACUGUAAUGACAAGAGCGAAUAGUUUAAAAAGAUUUAUAAGACAUCUUAUAGAGUAUUCACAAUUGACCAUAGAUGAUCAUAUUAAUACACACACUAAAUAUAAUUCCAAAACAACAGAUGUAACUGUUUCAUUGGAUGAUACUACAAUCUUAAAUUCUGUAUCAAAUAAGAAACAACAAAUGGAUAUUCCUGGUUUAAAAGUUGAUCAUAGUGAAAUCUUAUCUAUGGGGCCGUUAAUAGAAUCUAUAAAAAAUACAGAAGAUUCAGCAUGUAAUCUUAGUCCUACUCCUAAUGUGGCUUCUUUAAGUCCAAUGCCAGAUCUUAGAAGAGAUUCGCAGCCUGAAGAGUUAUUAACAUUACCUGCUCCUGAUGGUUUCGCUGACAGUAGAAGAAAUAGUGAGAAUUUACCACAUGGCUCGUUUAAUUUCCAUGAGUCUAUAUCUGUUUAUACUCAACAAGAAACAGAUAUUAAUGUGUCUAAUUAUCAACACGAAUCUAAUAAUAUAGAAGGGUCUUCAGAAUUUCAAACAAGCGUUACAAGAACAAACUUUGAUACAAGUUCGCCUUCGGAUGACACUACCAUGCAAGAUACAAUGAUUUCCCCUGAUACAGAUUCAAUUCAUUCUCGGCUUAUAUCACCGGAACACGAACAAAAGUUCGAAAACAGAAGUAAAAUAGAUACAACUAGAGGUAGUUGUAGUAAUAGUAUUGCUAGUACAGACAGCAUGAUUUCCGAUACUUUGGAUUUUAAAAGUUAUAGAAUCCGAAAUAGUGAAAGUGAAAUUGUUCGUAUAGGUAGUGACAUAUUUGACUCCACAAAAAGAUCUGACAGCUCUGAAAUUGGGCACAUCGAUUCUCCUGACAAUUCUGAAAUGUUUACCAGCGAAGUACAAAAUUCUGAGAGUUUAAUUGAUGAUUUAAGUUCUCUCGGGCAAGAUUUGAUAAGCACGAUGAUUGGGGAAAAAUAUGAUUCUGUAAGAGAAUGUUUAGAGUCUGAGCAAAUAGAGAAACCACAGAAGUAUUGUAGUUUAGCUCAGUUUGUAGAAGGCAACGAUAUCGCCAGGAGAUCAUUUAAAAAACAAAUAAAAACUUUCACAGUUACAGAAAGAGAGAAUAGUAAAGCCAAGCUUAAAUUAGGAUCACCCGAACAAAGUACACUAGAUGGUGUGAAAUCUAAAGACUCCCAAGAUAUUAAAGCGUCUGAUUUAUUAAGUCCAGUUUGUUGCUUUACCGUAUCUUCGGACACCACUCCAACAAACGAAAAACCUAAUAAUUUUCCACCUACAAUAAGUGUUAUUAUUAAUCCUCCGAGUCCAUCAAUGUCCAUUGAAAGUCAACAUGAUUCAGAUACACCAUACAAAAUGAGUCCGUAUUUACGGCGAUAUAAUGAUGAAAGUAUGGAAAAAUUAAGCGUAGAAUUGCCAGAAUCUGGCUUUUCUCCUCAAGCAACUCGUCGAAUUAGCAGCGGCAGCUUAUUAAAAGCGUCAGAAGUUGUUUCCUUAGCAGCUACAGCUGCGCGGUUUGGUGGUUCUAAUGCGAGUUUACGUCAUGAAAGAGUAAAAUCUUUCGAUAAAACUGAAGAUGCAAAAAAACUACCGAUUAUUAAUCCAUUAGUUCAAUUGUCUAUGUGGCCCAAUGUUAGUGGCGGAACAGGUCUCAUUAGUCAAGCACUACUUGCAAAUGCAGAUGCACUUUGCGCAGCAGUGUCACCAUUGAUGGAUCCGGAUGAAACUCUAAUGGAAGGCUAUUUCGAACGUUGUGUUAUGAACAAUUAUUUUGGUAUUGGUAUAGAUGCUAAAAUUAGUCUCGAUUUUCAUCAUAAGAGAGAAGAACAUCCAGAGAAAUGUCGAUCGCGUGCUAAAAAUUAUAUGUGGUAUGGUGUACUAGGAUCUAAACAGUGGUUACAAAAAACGUACAAGAAUCUCGAACAAAGAGUGCAACUAGAAUGUGAUGGUCAACGCAUACCGUUACCUUCUCUACAAGGCAUUGUUGUAUUAAAUAUUCCAAGUUUUAUGGGUGGCACGAAUUUUUGGGGUGGCACCAAGGAAGGAGAUUUGUUUUUGGCACCAUCAUUUGAUGACCGUAUACUAGAAGUUGUUGCAGUAUUUGGUUCUGUUCAAAUGGCUGCAUCAAGACUUAUUAAUUUGCAACAUCACAGAAUCGCACAAUGUCAAACGGUUCAAAUUAACAUUCUGGGUGACGAAGGAGUACCUAUACAGGUUGACGGUGAAGCUUGGAUUCAACCACCUGGAAUUAUACGCAUCAUACACAAAAAUCGUAUGCAAAUGCUUUAUAGAAAUAGGGCUCUUGAGACAUCGUUAAGAACGUGGGAAGAAAAACAACGUAGUACACUGACUGCAAUAUCUCAAUCAACAUCUACAUUAAAUAGUGCACAAUUGCACUCACAAUCUAAAUCCAGUUUAAUAACACAUUCUAAACCAUCACAUUUAAAUGAUGAAGAAAUGUAUAUUUUGCUUGGGUUCAUUGAAGUGGUUACAACUUUAGUUAAAUGGGUGAAACUGCUCAUUAUAUCGCAUCCAAGUUUAGAACCAGAUUUAUAUCAAGUUGCAACUCGUACAGAUCAGGCACUUGAACAAGUACAUCCAGAUGGAAAAAUUUUACAGGGAACCAAUUUAAGACCAGUCGUAACAGAAUUGGUUUCAAGCGCAAGGCAACUUUACGAAGACUCUUGUGAAUUACUUAGAGAUAAGGCAUAUAAUUUAAGAUUGCGAGAAGAUUUAGAAAAUAAGUUAUCUUUUUCGUUGGCCAACAUGGAACAAGAAUUGAAAAAGUGUAUAUUUGACGAAGGAGGCACAGGACUAGUAUAUCUACAAAAUCUGCCGUCAGAUGAUCUGGGAGAUAAGAAGAAUCGUCAUAGAGGUUUGUUCUGGUUGAAAUUCCGGCGUUCAGGAGGUAAUUCUGGAACGCAUCCUGCCCGGGAUCAAGUCACUACAUGGGGUGUUCAAGAAGUAUGCUCUUGGUUAGAGAAUCUUCAAUUGCGAGAAUACACUGACAAAUUCGUUUCACACGACAUACGAGGUAGGGAAUUGUUAACAUUAGCUCGUAGAGAUCUCAAGGAACUUGGUAUUACUAAGGUAGGGCAUGUAAAGCGAAUCUUACAAGCGAUACAUGAUUUAAAUAAUUAAGUAUACGGCAAAUGUUUGACUCUUUCAAGUUAUAAAAAUGCAAUCAAUUCGUAGCGAAGAGAAAGAUAUCUAUGAGUAUGAAUUUACGUUAAUGCUAUAUUGAGACUAAAAAAAUAUACUGCUGCUGAAGUAGUAUAGAAAUUGUUUCAGUGACAAGAAAACAGAUAUAGCAUUAUGCAAAAUUUUCUCUGAUAAUAUAUAUAUAUACAGUGCAUACUUCUGAUACAAAAUGGCACACUACGUGAUACAGCAACAUCAUAUGGAAAUUAUGUUUAGGCUGCUGUACUUGAAAAAUUAAAGCCAUUUGUGCCAAACUAUUUACUUGACUUCUUCUCAAAAACGGAAAAUUAUAAAAAACUUAGAAAAUAGAGAACAGUUCCAUUCUAAUAGUAGUAUGGUCAUGCCUAAUAAAUUAAUGUAAAUCGUAUCACA